GGACACCUGGAAAAGCCUUAUCAGACUGUAAUGUGUUUGUCGUCCGUUGUUGGUGUUGUGUUUAUGGCGGCAAUGUGAGUGAAGAUAAGCUCAACCACUGCUGGAACUAGAAAAACACACACACAGAGAAUGAUGAAUGAAGGCUUAAGGGUAUUAUCACACUCUCUUCCUCCUCCUCCUCUGCAUAGAAGCUCAAGAAUUAAUGGCAGACACCACCUUUGCCUUCCUUUUCUCAAUUUCCAUCCCACGCCUUUCCAUCUUUCACAUUCUAGUGGUAGCUUGCUCCUCGGAAAUUCUGUUACAAUGGGGACACAUGAGAAACAGUCCAAACCAAGAACUGUAUCAGCAACUAUACAACCUACGACUGGAGAAGUAGUGGCUGAGUCUCAGGAUGUCUCCACAAGUGGGGAUUCCAUUCGACGACGAUUCCUUGAAUUUUAUGCUUCACGUGGCCAUCGGGUGCUUCCAAGCUCUUCUCUUGUACCAGAUGAUCCUACAGUUCUCCUGACCAUUGCUGGGAUGCUUCAAUUUAAACCUAUAUUCCUUGGACAGGUGCCUAGAGAAGUACCCCGUGCUGCUACAUCUCAGAAGUGUAUUCGCACAAAUGACAUUGAGAAUGUUGGUCGAACAUCUCGACAUCAGACUUUUUUUGAGAUGCUUGGAAAUUUCAGUUUUGGAGACUACUUCAAGAAAGAAGCAAUCAGAUGGGCAUGGGAACUAUCAACCUUAGAAUUUGGAUUGCCAUCCGAGCGAUUGUGGAUUAGUGUUUUUGAAGAAGAUGAUGAAGCUUUUACAAUAUGGCAUGAUGAGAUAGGUGUUCCUGUGCAUCGUAUAAAGAGAAUGGGUGAAGAGGACAACUUUUGGUCAAGUGGAAUAACUGGUCCUUGUGGUCCAUGCUCUGAGAUUUAUUAUGAUUUCCAUCCUGAGAAAGGAUAUACAGAUACCGACCUUAAUGAUGAUACCAGAUUUAUAGAGUUCUACAAUCUUGUUUUCAUGCAAUACAAUAAAAAAGAGGAUGGUUCACUUGAACCCUUGAAGCAGAGGAAUAUAGAUACUGGUUUGGGUUUGGAGCGCAUGGCCCGUAUCCUGCAAAAGGUUCCAAACAAUUAUGAAACUGACUUGAUUUUUCCAAUUAUAGAGAAGGCCUCAGAAAUGGCAAAUGUCCGUUAUGCACUUGCAGAUGACCCUACAAAAACAAAGUUGAAAAUAAUUGGUGAUCACCUGCGAGCAAUUGUUUAUCUUAUAUCAGACGGAGUAAUCCCGUCUAACAUUGGUAGAGGUUAUAUAGUUAGACGGUUGAUCAGAAGAGUUGUUCGUACAGGUAGGUUGCUUGGCAUAAAGGGUGAUGGAGCAGGAAACCUAGAUGGAGCGAUGUUGCCAGUACUUGCUGAAAUAGUUAUCGAUUUGAGCCCUCAAAUAGAUAUAGAUGUAAAAUCAAGAUCACCCCGCAUCCUUGAGGAAUUAAAAAGGGAAGAAUUACGAUUUAUACUGACAUUGGAGAGAGGUGAAAAACUUCUUGAGCAAAUGCUAGCAAAUGCAUCAGCAAGUGCUCAGGAAACUAGCACCGUUCCUUAUUUGUCAGGAAAGGAUGCCUUUAUUUUGUAUGACACCUAUGGAUUUCCUGUGGAGAUAACUAUGGAAGUUGCUGCUGAACGUGGAGUGAGUAUAGACAUGGAAGCUUUUGAUUCUGAAAUGGAGAACCAAAGACGCCAAUCUCAGGCUGCACAUAGUACUGUCAAACUUACUGUUGAAAAUGGAGCAGAUCAAACAAAAAAUAUCCCUGACACUGAGUUUCUAGGUUAUGAGUAUCUUUCUGCUAAAGCUGUGGUUGAAGGUCUUCUGAUAAAUGGGAGCUCAGUUUUACAGGUUUCUGAAGGAAAUGAAGUUGACAUCUUACUGAACAGGACACCAUUCUAUGCCGAAUCAGGUGGUCAAAUUGGAGAUCAAGGGUUUUUGUAUGUUACUGAUGCUGAAAAUCAUCAGAAAGCUGUCGUAGAGAUAAAGGACGUGCAAAGAUCCCUUGGUAAUAUAUUUGUUCAUAAAGGCAGUAUUAGGGAAGGAAUUAUAGAGGUUGGCAAAGAGGUUGAAGCUGCCGUAGAUAAAAACAUGAGGCAGCGAUCUAAGGUUCAUCAUACUGCCACUCAUUUGUUGCAAGCAGCACUUAAAAAAGUAAUUGGCCAGGAAACAUCACAAGCUGGUUCUUUAGUAGCUUUUGAUCGUCUUAGAUUUGAUUUCAACUUUAACAGACCUCUACUGGAGAAUGAGGUUAUGGAGAUUGAAAACCUAAUUAAUGGAUGGAUUGGUGAUGCAUCACUUCUUCAAACUAAAGUAAUGCCUAUAGUAGAUGCCAAAAGAGCUGGAGCUAUUGCAAUGUUUGGAGAAAAAUAUGGAGAUCAGGUACGGGUUGUAGAGGUUCCAGGUGUAUCUAUGGAACUCUGUGGUGGUACCCAUGUCAGCAAUACAGCUGAAAUACGUGGCUUCAAGAUAAUCUCAGAACAGGGAAUUGCUUCUGGUAUCAGGCGGAUUGAAGCUGUUGCUGGUGAAGCUUUUAUCGAGUAUGUCAGUGCCAGAGAUAACUACAUGAAGCAGCUUUGCUCCACUCUCAAAGUAAAAGCUGAAGAGGUAACUACUAGGGUUGAUGCACUUCUUGAAGAAUUAAGAAAUACAAAGAAUGAAGUUUCAGAAGUACGUAGCAAAGCAGCAGUUGACAAAGCAUCAGUGAUUGCAAGCAAGGCAUUUACUGUAGGAAAUUCGAAGAUCAGGGUACUAGUUGAGUGCAUGGAUGAUGUUGAUGCGGAUUCACUGAAGAGUGCUGCAGAAUAUAUUGUGGAUACAUUACAAGAUCCAGCAGCUGUGAUUUUGGGUUCAUGUCCAGGUGAAGGGAAGGUGAGUUUAGUCGCUGCAUUCACUCCAGGGGUUGUUAAUUUGGGACUACAAGCAGGGAAGUUUAUAGGACCAAUAGCUAAAAUAUGUGGUGGAGGUGGAGGUGGCAGGCCUAAUUUUGCGCAAGCAGGUGGAAGAAAGCCUGAGAAUUUGUCAAGUGCACUUGAGAAAGCCCGUUCUGACCUUCUCUCAGUUUUGUCUGAGAAAACAGGCUGAAGGAGUGGUCUACUAGCACAAGCGACUUGAAGGCCGCGAAUCGAAUUGAUUGCAUCCUGAAGAUACAAAUAUAUUCGACAUAUUCCAUGUACAUAGUAGUGCCCUGGUGCUUACUUCCAUUUGCCAACAUAUCAUUAAGCAUAAAGAAUAGUUUCCUUCCUUGAGAUAUAUUGUUUCUGGUGAUUCAAGUUGCCCAUGUUCAUUCAAAGGGCAAGUUUAGAGAUUUAGCAACUUUUAGAGACAUAAAGAGAAGGUUUGUACGAUAGGUUCAUACGAAUUGUUAUGUUAAUAAAUCAUAAGAUAUAAAAUUUCAAGUAGUUUUGAU